GUAUCUCAACCACCGAACACACCAAGCUCGCUAUCGAUUGCGGCUCCGAAUAAUGACGAGGGUGUCGAGAGUGGAACGGAUUUCGAGACAGUCGAUGACACUUCCACAGAUCGCAAACGCAACAUGCGUGUGAAAUAA